GGGGGAAAAGCCGACAGCUGUCGUGACGGAAUUUCGUUGGUCUAUCUCGACGGCAAAAAACGUCUCGAUUAUAUCCAGUAGCUAUUAUACACGUCAAUGAUGGAUAGUGUUAGUUGGCGCGUAGUUUACAUACGAGCGUAGAUGCGUAGUGUUUGAUUGUGACAGAGGCAGAGCGAGAACCCAAAAUGGCAGACGACAAAAACGACGACACGCUGGAGCGGGAUUCGGAAAGUAAAUUGGAUCCGGCGGAGGAGAGAUCGCGGUAUUUUAAAAAAUUGGAGAAAUGGCUCCAGGAGGCGUACGCUUGGCAAAGUGUUGCAGCGAUGUUUCCCUAUUACGUGAUGUCAGGACACAUGGCGAAUCCGACACCCGCAUCAACAGCCUUUCAACCAAAUCAAGUACCAACAGCUUCGAAUAGAUCAGGAGUGACAAUUGGAAACACAGACAGACAGAACGAGGAAGUGAGACAAAGAAGGCCUCAGGAACAAGCAGCAGGUCCUUUCCAACCCCCUGGAGCUGAAGGUUACGAAUAUCGCAUUCCUCCGAUUUGGAAAAGGUUCGCCGCGGAAUUUAUAGACUCAACGAUGCUAUUUCUUUUGAAGUUCUCUAUCACCUUUAUCGCAAUCGACGUAUUCGAUUUUAUAGAAAUAGAAGACUUGGAUUUGUUGCAAACAAAUUUGCGUAUCGAUUACAAAAUGGCUUUGGAAAUGACUUAUGGAAUUCUGAUCUUGGAAGUGAUUCAUCGCGUGAUAGUUUGUAUCUUUGAGGCCUUUUGGCUUCAACACGGUGUGUACGGUUUUAUCGGAGGCGCUACUCCUGGCAAGUACAUGAUGGGCUUGCGGGUGGUUCAGUGCCGAAGUAUAACUCCUGUGGAACGUCCAAACGAGCCGGACGUGGUCCUGGUGAGUCCCGGGACCGAUCUGGGUUUGCCGUUGGCAUUGGGUCGAUCGGUGGUAAAAAACUUCGUGUUGGCGUUUCUGUUCCCGAUCUGCUUUUCCUUGUUCUUCUUCAGAUUUAACAGAACCGGCUACGAUCUAAUUUGCAAUUCCAUCGUUGUGGAGGAUCCUUAUAGAAAUUCGAACAACAAUCGGAUACACCAACAGUAGCCCGUCUGAGAGAGAGGGAAAAGGGAUGCUGCAUGGAAUUCUGUGAUGUGUACAUAUAUAACGGCUGUCUGUGCUUCUUGUACUAAUGUAUGCGUGCGGGAUUAUGCGUGUGUAUAUGGCGUGUAUAUAAGUGUAAAAAAUAAAAAUUAUUAUUAUUGCGGCGAGAAGCUAUUCCAGAAAUUUCUUUUGUAUUUAGAGAGAUGGAAUUAUUUACAUAUAAUUACUAACAUUUUUUAUAGAAUUCGAUCUUUAAUUAAAUUUUGACAAUUUUUAUUUCA